UCAAGAAAAUGCUCAGUAGUAUCCCUUCUUUCAGAGGAAAGCUGUCCAUCAGGUAGUCGUGCGGCCACAUUUCGCCAUAUCUUCGGUCAGUCAGUUCAACGAUCGGAGUGGUUUGACUGGGGCGCAGCACUCGGGUCGAAUGUCGCAGCGAAUCCGAAGUUUGUAGCUGUGGCGAUAGAUGGAGGAGCUGGAGGACAGAAUUGUGGUGGGUCGUCGGCUCGCAUGAUGACUUCGGGAAAACAUGGGCGAAUUGGCCUUGUUCGGUUGCAGGAUCAUACGAUUUUUGUACAGGCCCAAUGUGUACGAACGUUAGUGCGGCAUUCACGGCGGGUUGACCAAAUCGAAUGGCAUACCACAGUGGAUAAUGUGCUGUUAUCGGCUGGCGCGGAUAGUAAGCUGUUCCUCUGGGACGUUGAAGCCAAUUCCGUUAUUUACGAGAUUUCCGAUUUCUGCUCGUCUUGUAUAGCGUUCGCGCCAAAUUCGUCGAUAUUCGCCGCCACAUCCAGGCAAUCUCAUCGGGUCUGUAUCUUUGAUGCUCGUAAUGGUAAUGCUAUGAAGAGUGCCGUGCUUCCACAUGAUGGCGGAAUGCCUCCAAAGGUGUGUUUAGUUUCUACAUCGUUAGUCGAAAUGUUGUGGUUCCAUUGA